AUGAGAAAUGUGAGAUUUGGGAAAUGUAUUGAUACAAAUGUCACCGUCUGCGGCCUCAGCGUCUGCGGCCUCACCCUCAGCGCCUGCGGCCUCAGCGUCUGCGGCCUCACCCUCAGCGUCUGCGGCCUCAGCGUCUGCGGCCUCAGCGUCUGCGGCCUCACCCUCAGCGCCUGCGGCCUCAGCGUCUGCGGCCUCAGCGUCUGCGGCCUCACCCUCAGCGUCUGCGGCCUCAGCGUCUGCGGCCUCAGCGUCUGCGGCUUCAGAGUCUGCGGCCUCAGCGUCUGCGGCCUCACCCUCAGCGUCUGCGGCCUCACCCUCAGCGUCUGCGGCCUCACCCUCAGCGUCUGCGGCCUCACCCUCAGCGUCUGCGGCCUCACCCUCAGCGUCUGCGGCCUCACCCUCAGCGUCUGCGGCCUCAGCGUCUGCGGCCUCACCCUCAGUGUCUGCGGCCUCACCUUCAGCGUCUGCGGCCUCAGCGUCUGCAGCCUCAAAAUUAGGGGCCCGCCAAACGUAGCCACCCGGCCUCGACUCUCUCUGGCCUCUCUCCGGGGUCUCUGCAUCGUCCUCUCCUCUCCUCGCCCAACCUACCUCACCCCUCACACACGAUCUUCCGUCCUCUCGCUUUCGAUGUCCCUCAAUCCCCGCGGCUCAUCACACUCUUGUCGACCUCUGAUCACACCUGCUCUCAAUCCCUUCUCCUCUCCUCGUCACACAUGGCCAUGUGAUGAGACUGGGGGUGUCUCUUCCGCGCCGCUUCCUCCCACAGUCUCUCUCGCCUAUCUGCGUCUCCGCUUCCUCCACUCCGUCUCUCUCGCUCUCUCUUCUAUCCUUCACUUCUCUUCUUUCUCUUCCCCUCUCUGUCCUCUUCUCCCUCCUUCCCACCCCCUCGCUUUCUUUCUCCUCUCCUCAUUCCUCACUCCCCUCUUCUCUCAUCUCUCCACUCCUCCCGUCUCUCCCUCCUCCCCAUUCACCCCUAGGGUACCUCUCACCAGCUUCUCCCCCUCCGUACACUCCACUGGACUCCUCCAACUGCUCUAUCUCGCCGCUCGCUCGUCCUCGUCUUCUCCAACCUCGCGCGUCUCAUCAUUAUCUCUCUCCCCUCUCCCUCAAUCUAUCAUCCCUCUCUCCCUUCUCUCUCCGUCGCAGUCACCCAGCCCCUACCCUCCACUCGGCGUCCACCCUACCCCCCCCCUACUUCUCGUCUUGUCCGAUCGCCUCUUCCUUCCCCUCAAGUUCUCAGAGCGUGCGUUUCCUCCUCCCAUGAGACCGGUUCUCCUCGCCAUCCCGUCAUCCCUCUUUCUCUUCUCCGGAUCGCCUCCUUCUCCCGCUCUCCUUCCCUCUCUACCACUCAUCCGCUCCCUCCUCCUCCCCCUCGCCCAGCCUCUCUGUCCCAGCCUCUCCACGACUUCUGACGCUUCAUCAUCUCUCCUCCCGACCUCGCCUCCUCUCGUCUCUCUGUCUCUCUCUCAACUCUCUUCUCAUCCCCACACCGACCGCGAUCCAGCACCACUUCCCCUUCCCGACUGUUCGACCCUCCCCUCCUCUCUCUGGUUUCGUCUCCUCCUCCCCCCCACUCGCCUUCCUCGUUCCCCCGCUCUCCCCUCUCUCUUCCUUUCUUCUUUCUUCCCGCUACUCAUUCCUUCUCUUUUCCCCUCCCUUGUUUUGGCCCCCUUUGUCACACCUCUUCGGACCUGCGUCGUGCACAUCCCCUACGAUCUCUCACUCCCCUCCUAUGCAGGUCUUACGCAUCUAGUCUCCCGUUCCUUCGGGGUCGCCUACUUCCCCUUCCUCCCUUGUCUGCCUCUCCCUUCACCACUCUCUCUCUCCUCCCGCCCCGCUUCUCCUCUAUACUUUCUCCCCGUUGUUCCGCUUUCCCUCUCCCCUUCCCUCUUCGCCUUCUCCCCUCUCUCGUCGCUUUCCUUCUCCUUUUGUCUGUCCUCUUCGCCUCCCCGUCUCCCUCUCGCCUCUCUUCUCCUCUUACGCCUCCCGUCUCGCCUUCACCCUCCUUCCGGUCUCCACCCUUCCCCCUCCUCUGUCCCUCCUUGGUCGUCGUCCCCCCUUUCCCUCCCCUCUGUCCACCCGGGGGGGUGUCGCCUCCCGGGGUUAUGUCCGCUGCGGUCUCUUCCCCGCACGUUCUCGAUCCCCGGUCUUCUCUCCUUUCCCCAUCUGGCCCUUCUCGGCUUCAGUCCUCCCCCCCCUUUCCUCCUCUCCCCCGUCCCCCGUCUUCCUCUUCCCCUCUCCGGACGCUCUCCCCUCUCUCACUCACUCUCCCUGCUCCCUCCAAUCUCCCCCCGCUCCUCUUCCUCUCUCUCGCAAUCCACUCAUCGCCCCUCAUCAACGGGCUUCUUCUCCUCGAUGCUGUCGUCGGGCCUCCCAUCCUCGCACUCUCUCCCCACCCUUUCUCUCUCAAUUAUCCUCCCUCAUCCCUCUCCCCCUCCCCUCCCCCUUUCCCUCGCCCUUCCCGGCCCGCCCUUCCUCCGUCCCCCAUAUCUCACCUCCCAAUCCUCUCGGCACCGACACUGCUCUUCCGACGGUCCAUCCUCUCCCAUCCCGACUACCUGCCACGAGCGCUCCGUCAGACUUUUGCUGGUUCUCCUCGCUCAUCUGGGCCACACCUCUCUCCCGCUGGAUCACCCUCCGUGUGGGCCGGGCGGGGAGGGGGGGGGGUCUCUCCUCCCCUCUCUCAUGCCAUCCAUUCCCCCCUCCCUCUCCCCCAUCCCGUCCCCUCUCAUCCCUCCCGCUCCCCCUCCCCACUCCGCCCCACCUCCGUUCCCGUCCAUCCCGCCCCCCGUCUCUCCGGCCCCAUCCCUCCUCCCGCCUCCCCCUCCCUCUCCUCCUCUUCUUCUUCUCAUGUCUCUUCUGGUCGCCCGCCACGGCCCUCCCGCCUCGCAACUCCGCUCCCCGCCAAUGGACGUGGGGGGGGGGGGGUAG